ACAUCCCUGUGCGGCCGCCUCCUCUCCGCCCCCGCGGGGCCGGGGCCGCCUGCGCGAGCGCUGCGCACAUCGCCCGAGCCGCAGCACCGAGCGAAUGUAUGAAAACAUGUCCACAAUGGUGUACCUAAAGGAAGAGAAGUUGGAGAAGCUCACACAGGAUGAAAUCAUUGCCAAAACUAAGCAAGUUAUUAAUGGACUAGAGGCACUGAAGAAUGAACACAAUUCAAUUUUACAGAGCUUACUUGAAACACUGAAAUGUUUGAAGAAAGAUGAUGAAACCAAUCUGGUUGAAGAAAAAUCAAACAUGAUUCGAAAGUCCCUGGAGAUGUUGGAACUUGGGCUUAGUGAAGCACAGGUAAUGAUGGCAUUGUCAAAUCACUUAAAUGCAGUGGAAUCAGAGAAGCAGAAAUUGCGUGCCCAGGUUCGACGGUUAUGCCAGGAAAAUCAGUGGCUGCGGGAUGAACUAGCCAAUACACAACAAAAACUACAGAAAAGUGAGCAAUCUGUGGCUCAACUGGAGGAAGAAAAGAAACAUCUAGAAUUCAUGAACCAGUUAAAAAAAUAUGACGAUGAUAUUUCACCAUCAGAAGAUAAGGAUACGGAUUCCACCAAAGAGCCUUUGGACGACUUAUUUCCAAAUGACGAAGAUGAACAAGGACAAGGAAUUCAACAACAGCACAGCAGUGCAGCUGCUGCUGCCCAACAAGGUGGCUAUGAAAUUCCAGCAAGAUUAAGGACCCUUCAUAAUCUUGUAAUCCAGUAUGCUUCCCAAGGUAGAUAUGAGGUUGCCGUACCCCUUUGCAAGCAAGCUCUUGAAGAUYUGGAGAAGACUUCAGGUCAUGAUCAUCCCGAUGUUGCCACCAUGUUGAACAUACUUGCUUUGGUGUACAGGGACCAGAACAAAUACAAAGAUGCAGCAAACCUCCUGAAUGAUGCCUUGGCUAUCCGUGAGAAGACUUUGGGCAAAGAUCAUCCUGCGGUGGCAGCAACUCUGAACAACCUUGCGGUGCUUUAUGGGAAACGUGGAAAGUACAAGGAGGCUGAACCGCUGUGUAAGCGAGCCCUGGAAAUCAGGGAAAAGGUCUUGGGGAAAGAUCACCCUGAUGUUGCCAAACAAUUAAAUAAUCUGGCUUUGCUGUGCCAGAACCAGGGGAAAUACGAAGAGGUAGAAUACUAUUAUCAGAGGGCACUGGAGAUUUACCAAACUAAGCUGGGACCAGAUGAUCCAAAUGUUGCAAAAACAAAGAAUAACCUGGCAUCCUGUUAUCUAAAACAGGGCAAAUUCAAGCAAGCAGAAACUUUAUACAAAGAAAUUCUUACUCGUGCUCAUGAACGGGAAUUUGGUUCCGUUGAUGAUGAAAAUAAGCCUAUUUGGAUGCAUGCUGAAGAAAGGGAAGAAUGCAAAGGAAAGCAAAAAGAUGGCUCAUCUUUUGGAGAAUAUGGUGGCUGGUACAAAGCUUGCAAAGUUGAUAGUCCGACAGUUACAACUACCUUAAAGAACCUUGGGGCUCUUUAUAGACGGCAGGGUAAAUUUGAAGCUGCUGAAACGUUAGAAGAGGCAGCAAUGCGAUCUCGUAAACAGGGUCUUGACAAUGUUCACAAACAGAGAGUUGCUGAAGUGCUGAAUGACCCUGAGAGCAUAGAGAAGAGGCGCAGCCGGGAGAGCCUCAAUGUGGAUGUGGUAAAGUACGAGAGCGGUCCUGAUGGYGGCGAGGAAGUGAGUAUGAGCGUAGAAUGGAAUGGGGAUGGCACUGGAUCUUUAAAACGCAGCGGUUCCUUUAGCAAACUUCGUGCUUCCAUUAGGCGCAGCAGUGAGAAGCUGGUUAGAAAGCUCAAGGGUGGCAGUUCACGAGACGGGGAGCCAAAGAAUCCAGGCAUGAAGCGUGCCAGUUCUCUGAAUGUUCUUAACAUGGGUGGCAAGGCUGCUGAAGAUCAUUUCCAAGAGCGAAAUAAUUGUCUGACAGACUCGAGAGCUCUGAGUGUCAGUCACACUGAUUUGGCGCAUUGAGAUUCUUGGCCAGAAGCUAGCUAUAAUUUGUGUGUGAAUAAAGAAGCACUGAGUCCUUCAAAGCUUUGGUUCCUUAUCCUUGUGUAGAGGAACUUCUAGUUUGUUGAUCUUUCUGAAGCGGGGGAGGCAAUGGACUGCUGUUUUUACUCUUCUAAACAGUGACAAGUUUAAAUAGAGCGUUAGUGAAUACUUUCUUGUAAAGAGGAACUAUAUAGAUAAAUAUUGCUCGUUGCACUGCUCCCGUUCAUGCUACUUAUGUUGAUUUGUGUAAUAGAUCUGAAUAUUACAGCAGCCAAAAACUUGUAAAAGUACAAAUGCAUUUAAAAGAUACCAAAAUGCAAAGAUGUUUGAAAAGGCCAAUAAAAUGAAAUGUGUAGCAGUAAAUAUAUACAGUGCUGGAAUGAGAAGAGGAUAAAUGAUGUGCAUUACUGUAUAAAUUCAGAUUCAGCAUAGUGUAGUGGUGGGGCUUCUCUUUGUACCACUGAUUAUUUAAUGUUAGAGACUUUAUCUGGCAAAACAGCACUUAACCACUAGAUCAAGAUGUUAAAUUUUAUAUUUAAAGAAAAAAAGUUUGGGGUUACCUUUUGUUUAAACGGCAUGAGUAGCAAUACCUGAGACUGCAAACGUGGUGGUUGUUGGUGUUACGUUUUUGGGCACAAUAAGAAUGGAAACAGGCCAGUUAAUGUUGAUCAGGACAAACAGAGAAUGUUUUGACCUUUAUCUUGUACGGUUAAGAAUAGUGAAGCUUCGGACUGCAACUGUCCCAGAGCAGCUGCCCUGGCUGUUAGGGAAACAUGGAGCCUCAGGUUGGUUCUUGUCCACUGGAAUCCACAGCUCCAUCCGCUGCGUGCAGAGAGGGCUCCGGCUCUUCCUUGUCC